AACCAAACAUUGCCCAAGAUGGAUGCUAUUUAUGUGAAGCUUCUGAUGUGCCGGUGCCUGGUGAACCGAGCUGACUGGGGUCUGGUCAUUGGCUGCAUAAAUAUAGUCUACUCUGUGUUUCUGUUUAAUUUCUGGCUGGUGGAGCUUUUCCGGUCUCAACAUGACUAUCCCGUCAAGUGGGUGGUGCUGUAUGGCUUCAAUAUCAUGUUCAAUGUGAUCACCAUGAUGAGGAUCGUGAAGCGGGAGACCAUUUCGGUCUUCUACUGGUUCUGCGAGACGGCAGCCCUGCUCGUGUUUCGCAUCCACUUUACAUAUGUGGAUAGCGAUUUCUCCUGGCUGACAUACAGCAUCUGGUUCCUGCCCAUUAAUGUCACAGUGGAUACUUACAUUUCCCUAUCGCUGCUGGCCAUAGUCUAUGUAGUGUGCGGCCUGCAUUUGGAGCCGGAGCGACAGUUUCCCAAGGAACUAACGCGAAAUGAUUACAAGUAUGAUCCGGAGGCGGCUGCAGCCAAGAAAGCAGCUCAGGACAAGCAGGACAGACUGGAGAGGCAAAGGGAGCGCGAACUGAACAAACAAGAGGAGCUGGUGGCUGAGAUGGAGGAGUCUCCUGCCCCAAGUGCCACUUCGGACACCCAGAAUGCGCAUCUGACUAUACCCAGCAACCCCAACGUGAGCACACACGGCCAGGAUGACAAUGACACCGACGAGUACGAUAAUUUCAUAGAAAUAUCCUUUGAGGAAUAG